CUUAGAUAAGUCAUGCUAGGAAACAUGCUAACUGAUAUCCUUGCAACUGUUUUUUUAGUGAUAGUGUUAGUUUAUGUGCCAUUGCAUCUCAUCAAUUCACUAUGGUUAAAGCCAAAGAGGCUGGAGAAGUGCUUGAGGGAUCAAGGCUUUCGGGGCAAUCCCUACCGUCCGAUCUAUGGUGAUCUUGCCGAGAUCACUGGCAUGGCUAGAUCUUCACUCUCUAAAUCCUUCACAUCACUCACUCAUGAUAUUGUUUCUCGUAUCUUACCGUUUUUGCAUCACACCAUUCAACAAUAUGGGAAGGAGUCCUUUAUAUGGUAUGGUAGAAAUCCAAAGAUUAACAUUACAAAGAUUGAGUUGAUUAAGGAGAUAUUUACCAAGUAUGAGGUAUUCACCAAACAGUCUCCGGCAAAGAAAACAAUGUUUGGAUUACCAAUGCGAGAGGGUGAAGAUUGGGCUAAAGUCAGGAAAAUCAUCAAUCCCGCUUUUGAAAUCGAAAAGUUGAAGAAUAUGUUGCCAACAAUGGAAAAAUGUUGUGACAAAAUGAUACGUAAAUGGGAUGAAGUGGUAGCAACAUCUGGUUCAGCAGAAGUCGAUGUGUAUUCCUCUCUUAGUAUGUAUUCCGGCGACGUAAUUGCAAUAACAUCUUUUGGAAGCUCUUAUGAAGAAGGUGAAAAACUAUACAAGCUCCAAGAAGAAGAUUUAUCCCUCACUUUUCAAGCAAUGCGGACCAUGACUAACUACAUUCCAGGAUGGAGAUAUCUACCCACCAAGGCUAAUCGUAGGAAAAAGAAACUAGAUCGAGAAAUCAAGGAGACUGCAAAGACAUUGGUGGAUAAAAGAAAAAAAUUAAAGCAAAUAAAAGACUCUAAGAAUAAAGAUGACUUGCUAAGUGUAAUGUUAGAAUCAAAUGAAAAAGAGAUUGAAGAAGAUGGAGUUGGACUGCCAAUGGAAGAUUUGAUUGAAGAAUGCAAGUUAUUUAUGUUAGCCGGAAAAGACACAACUUCUUCUUUAUUAACUUGGGUAAUGGUGCUCCUUUCUCAACACCAAGAUUGGCAAAACAAAGCUAGAGAAGAGGUCUUGUCACAUUUUGGGAAAGAUUAUACUCCUGAUUAUAAAGGCCUUAAUAGCCUUAAAAUAAUGAAUAUGAUUAUAAAUGAGACAUUGAGAAUCUACCCACCAAUUGCAACUCUCUCUCGAAUAAUCCACACAAAUACAAAUUUGAAGCAACUAACUCUACUCAGUGGAAUGGAGAUAAGUAUGCCAUUGAGCAUGGUGCAUAGAGAUCGUGAACUAUGGGGAGAUGAUGCGUCUGAAUUCAAUCCGAAUCGAUUUUCAGAAGGAGUGUUAAGUGCAUCGAAAGUUCCGGGAUCUUUUUUCCCUUUUGGUGGUGGACCUCGAAUUUGUGUUGGAAAAAAUUAUGCAUUGAUAGAGUCUAAGCUUGCCUUGACAAAGAUUCUUCAACGCUUCUCAUUUGAGCUCUCCUCAUCUUAUGUUCAUGCACCAAUAUUUGAAUUGGCAUUGGUGCCUCAAUUUGGUGCACAACUUAUCUUGCACAAGAUCUAGGUUAUGUUAAUGCUAUGCUACGAAAUUCAUUCUCUAUAUCUUUAAUCAAUAUUUUGAAUUGUAAUAAAUUUUACAAUGGUUAUGUUCAACUAUACUUUGUAUGAUUUUGAAUUUUGAUGAACUAGUUGAAAAAGCUGCUCAAGCAGUAUUACCGGCUAAGGUUUAA